GGUUGGACUUUAAAAGCCCAGCCUCUCCACAGGGAGACACACGUAUCGCUCAGGUCUGCCCACCUGGUCUCAUCAGAAACGUCUUCCAUCUGCUCCUCCACGGUCCUGUUUUUGAACCAUGAGUCUGAGAAGCAAGCGCAUCAGUUCCAGCAGCUCCAUGAGGAGCAGCGGCAAGGCGGGAGGCUAUGGCUACAGCAGUUUAAGCGGGAUCUCGCUGGGCGCAUCCGGCCAAAGCUUCAGCACCAGCUCGGCGUACCUGGGGCCACCCAUGGCCAGCGUCUCGGUCAACAAGAGCCUGCUGGCACCCCUCAACCUGGAGAUCGACCCCAACAUCCAGAUGGUGCGCACGCAGGAGAAAGACCAGAUCAAAUCGCUGAACAAUCGCUUUGCAACGUUCAUCGAUAAGGUUCGCUUUCUGGAGCAGCAAAACAAGAUGCUGGAGACAAAGUGGGACCUGCUACAGUAUGAAAGCCCAAGCCGGUCCAACGUUGAGCCCAUGUUUGAAGCUUACAUGGCCAACCUGCGCAGACAGCUUGACGUGGUCAACAAUGACAGGACCAAGCUGGACGGAGAGCUACGCAACAUGCAGGGUCUGGUGGAGGACUUCAAACACAAAUAUGAAGACGAGAUCAAUAAAAGGAACAACCUGGAGAACGACUUUGUGAUUCUGAAAAAGGACGUCGACUCGGUGUAUCUAGUGAAAGCUGAUUUGGAAGACAAAGUUGGUGCCCUGACAGAUGAGAUCAACUUUCUGAGGACCAUCUAUGAUGAGGAGCUGCAUGAAAUGCAGGCCAACAUUAAAGACACGUCCGUCAUCGUGCAGAUGGACAACUCAAGGAACCUCAACAUGGACCACAUCGUAGCCGAAGUCAAAGCUCAAUAUGAGGAGAUCGCAGCCAAGAGCCGCGAAGAAGCCGAGUCCUGGUACAAGUCCAAGUUCGCCCAGAUGUCCUCCCAAGCCAUUCAGUACAACGACGAACUGCGCAACACUAAAGGAGACAUCGCAGAAAUCAACCGUAUGAUCAGUCGCCUGCAAAGUGAGAUCGAGGCCAUUAAAUCUCAGCGUGCUAACCUGGAGAACCAGAUAGCGGAGGCAGAGGACCGUGGCGAGAUGACUGUGAAGGAGGCCAAGAAUCGUAUCAAAGAUUUGGAGGAGGCACUGCAGAGAGCCAAGCAGGACAUGGCCCGUCAACUCCGCGAAUACCAGGAGCUCAUGAACGUCAAGCUGGCCCUGGACAUCGAGAUCGCCACCUACAGGAAGCUGCUGGAAGGCGAAGAGGAUAGAAUUGGGCAGCAGUCCAUUGUGAAUAUCCAGGCUGUUCCUAACUACAGUUCCAAAGGGAUGAAUGGUUUUCAGCAGAGCAGCUCUCCAUCACCUAAGAUCCUAAUCAAGACUACUGAAACCAGAAACAAUACCAGAUUUAGUACUCACUAAAGACCAAACCAUACCAUCAAAAUAUAAACAUUUUACAAGUUCAACAUUUCAGCUUAAAAAAAUGCUAUACCUUAUAUCAUAUCUAUAAACAUAGUGUAGAAAUAGUUCUUUUGUGAAUCAGUGGAAGGAAUCCACAAUGAAUUUUCUGAAUUAAAGACUGUUACUAAUUCAAAUACUAUGCAAAAAAAAAUGA